UUGUGUUGGGGAGACAUUUACUUGUUUAUCUCCUGCACGCCGUGUGGUAAGGCUGACUCCUUCACUUUCGUCACCGACCCUUGCAAUUUGAUGUUCGAACUGUAGAAUAAAGUUGUAACUAUACUGUCGGUUACUGUCAUCUUCCAUAUACGCACUUCCACCGUUACCCAGCACUGUCGCCCAUCACAACACCAUCACACUGACUCAUAGCCCGAAUUUUCGGUUGCCCCACUUGCUGAUUCUGGCGUCAACUUUCGAACUGUGGAAAACUAUUUAAGACGAGGUGGCAUUGCGCACCAAAACCUUCCCUUCUAUUUUAUUUUUUCAACGCGAUUUUCCCAACUGACCACUUUCAUUGAAAUCAAACCCAACCAAACACUUCACUCUACCCAUUCUUUCCACCAAUCUCUCAUCCGCGCAUUCAUUCACACAUUCAUUCACGCACUCAACUCAAUCAAUCAAUUGAUUUGAUUCUAACGUUCACUAUUAGAUCAUCUUUCGCGAUACUACUCAAUUGAUUUAUUCGAUCCUUUGAGUGUACAUCUGCAAAAAUGGAUGCAAUCCAGACCCACCCCUCUACUGCCGCUCAGGCAAAGGCCUUCACUGCGCCUAACUCCUUCUCCAUGACUGGUGGUGUUGGCGGUCUCGCAGGUCACGGUGGCCUCACCCCGCCUUUCGACGCUGACAAGGCCAAUGGCCAGCGCAACCAGCAGGUGGCUAACGGCACUGGGGUGACUCCCGCUACGCCCGCUGCCACCCCUGCUGCUGUCCAGGGUGGAAGUGGCUUGACGCCUACCUUGCAGAACAUUGUUGCGACGGUGAACCUCGAGUGUCGUCUUGACCUUAAGACCAUCGCUCUCCAUGCACGCAAUGCGGAAUACAACCCUAAGCGAUUCGCUGCCGUGAUCAUGCGAAUUCGUGAUCCCAAGACCACAGCGCUUAUCUUCGCUUCGGGCAAGAUGGUGGUUACUGGCGCCAAGUCCGAAGAUGAUUCCAAGCUUGCUUCGCGCAAAUACGCCCGUAUCAUUCAGAAGCUCGGCUUCAAUGCUAAGUUCGCGGACUUCAAGAUUCAGAAUAUUGUGGGCAGCUGCGAUAUCAAGUUCCCUAUUCGCCUUGAGGGCUUGGCCUCUCGCCACCACAACUUCAGCUCUUACGAGCCUGAGUUGUUCCCUGGCUUGAUCUACCGUAUGAUCAAGCCCAAGAUCGUGCUUCUGAUCUUUGUCAGCGGCAAGAUCGUCUUGACUGGUGCCAAGAUCCGUGAAGAGAUUUACCAGGCCUUCGAGAUGAUUUAUCCCGUCCUCCAAGAUUUCCGCAAGGUCUAAUGGCCUGGCCCUACCGGUCUGAGCCCUCGGUGGGUAUUUACUCAGACUGCACCAUACAUCCCAUCUUAGACCACCGAUGGGAUUUGUAAAUUACAAACAAGACUUGACGAUUUCAUGACUAUCGUUUCAC